AUGGCUAUUGUCUUGGUGGUGUUGAUCAGUGUAUUCUUUUUAAUGGGAUAUUGCUCUGCUUACUUCCGACAGUGUUUCCAGCGGCGUUCACACCGUAGCGAUGGCGAGCCUUAUGCCGUCUUUCUUAGAGGAAUCAACUACCUUUCCCGUAGAAUUACACGUGGACUCGAUGCAUCCGUUAUCAACACGUUUCCCACCUUUCUCUACUCCACUGUUAAAGGGCUUAAAAUCAGCAAGGGCUCCUUAGAAUGCGCCGUUUGCCUAAACGAAUUUGAAAACGACGAAACACUGCGUUUAAUACCCAAGUGUAGCCAUGUGUUUCAUACUGACCGUAUAGAUGCUUGGCUAGCUUCGCAUCACACGUGUCCCGUUUGCCGCGCAAAUUUGGUCCCUCAGCCCGGUGAAAUUGCGUCCAGCAUCAUUCAAGUAUUUGACACGGAUAGCGGUUCGGGUGAAUCGGAAUGGAGUUCCAAUGAUCGUGAGGGAAUUUCCCAGGUUGAGGAUAGCAGAGACGUAGAAUCUCAAGAGGUGAAUUUUGCUAAUUAA